AUGGCAGAAGUCGUUUCUUCCGACGAGGAGGGGGAGCAGGUAAAGGAGGUUGGCACAAAGAUCCCAGUUUCGACCCAGGAGCCCAAAGAGGCCCGACUCGUCCGACGUGCACAAAAGGAGGCAAAGGUCCCUCCGAACCGCAAGCGGCCUGCACACGAGCCCUUGCCAUAUGGCUGGGUGCGCAAGGCCUCCAAAACGAAGAAAGGUGCCUACUACUAUGCGCACAUCCUCACGGGAAAGACGCAGGUGAACAGACCUGGACCUCGUGCCACUGCAGGCAAGAGGCCACGAGCGGAGCGCGCGGAGCGCGCGCCACCGCCGCAGCCCAUACCUGAGGAGGUCCGGCAGAGGCAGGCGGAACACGACGCAGCGGCAGAGGCAGAGCUGGAAGAAGUCAAACGUAAGGAGGAGUCGGGCUCUGAUGACGACAACGAGAACGUGACCGGAGAGGAUCUGACAAAGUGGAAGCAAGAGGAGGAGCUCCGAGAGAAGAAGCAGGCCGAGAGGGAGGAGAAGGACAGGCUGUCUUGGCCUGCAGCCUCAGAGCUCCCUCCAGUUCCCCGCGUGCUGCAGCCAUGCCUGGAUGUGCUGAAGGAUGGGAAGUGGGUCGACCGGCAUGUCCUGGGCUCUGACAAGCAGCGCUGGACUCUGGGGCGAGCGGCCGGGGAAGUGGACUUCCCCAUGAACCAUACGACGAUUUCGAGGCAGCAUGCGGCUCUGACCAGAGGAGGUGCUGGGAUUUACCUCGUGGACCAAUCCGUCCAUGGUGUACAGGUGAAUGCGCAGCGGAUCGAGAAGAACCUCCGAGUCUUAUUGAAAGAUGGCGCCAUGGUGAAGUUCGGGGCCUCGUCCAGGUUGUACGUCUACCACGAGCCAACGUGA